AUGUACAAUCGAGUCGGGUUUUUGCGCUCCAUUUUUCUGCAUACCAAGCGUACAUUGUACCAGGAUGUUAAACCUCAUUCAAAGCUCCUAAUUAAAAGCGCGUCUCCAUUAGAGGUUUCGAGCCUUCCAGCGUAUGAAGCUGAACGCAGCUCCGUCCUAUUACCUGACUCCUCGGUGUUUCGAGUUGAUGAUGGUUGGAAAAUUACUCAAACAACUGAAUCACGUCCUUCAAAAGACUACAUUAAUAAAAUACGAGUUCCCGCGAUGCGAGAUGUCGAGAUAAUCCAGAGCAGCUGUGAUCACGUCUCUCUUGUAAAUUAUGAGGGUCUAAAAGCCCUGAUUAAGUCAUUUGGUCCCGUUAGCUAUGCAAAACUGAAACUGUCUGAUUUUUCCAUCAAAUCGGACGGAAAUGUAGUUGGUUCGGGGCAUCUGGAGGGAAACUUUGAUCUCGUUACGAACGGUUCCUUCACUGCUGACAAUAUCACCGGUCAGUCGAUCGGAAUUCUUUUCGGCGGGACCAACCUCGCUGUCCAUUCCGCUUACUGUGACACAAUGAAUCUCAGUUGGAUCACUCCAGAAGAACCUCCAGAUGGAGUCACACCAGUCGAAUUACCUCCGCUCAGCGUCUACUUCGGAACACUGCGUGGCGCCAUUACCAUUGAAAUCGCCGGUGAUGCCGACCUCAAUAUUGGCAGUUUUGAGGGCUCUCUCUACUUACGUCAGCGGUUUGGUAACGUCGCCGUACACAUAGGUGGCCCCUGCCCGCUUCUAGAAAUCGAUGUCGCCGAAGGCAACGUAGAACUAAGCCUUCCACUCUCCACGGUUGGUGGAAAAAUUUCCGGUGCUGUAGAAGUUCAGGCUCCUCAAAUUCAUAUCGACCGAGACGCCCUUUAUCCUGAUAGUCUCGACAACUGGGAGCUUGGUGAAGUUGCGGAGGCACAAACCUUCUGCGCUAACUUUAACAAUCCUGAGACGGAUUGCGAGACCCUCUGGAGAGUGCGCACUCUGCGCGGACGCGUCAAACUGACGGGCGCUUCAUGGGCGGAUGCAAUGGCAAGAUGUAUUGAACGCACCACUACAACCAUGCCCUAG